AUGUUGCAACUUGUCCUCGGCGACUCAAGGACGAGCGUCAAGAUAGUGAGAUUACUCUCAACGACUCUCGUUGCAUACGCAAGUUGGAAAAUCUUGCAGAUUGGCAGAUGGAUUGUUUUCGGGCAAGGCAGGUUCAUUCUAUUUCCCCACAGGUACAAUCUUCCUCCUGUGGUGCCUGUGGGAAGGUUUGAAUCGCUGCGGCAUCUGAGCAAGGAAGCUCGAUUUCCACUCUAUCAAUAUGAGUACUUCAAGAAGUACGGCCCAGUGAUCAUUAUACCUUUCGUCAUACCCAGACUUCUCGUUGUCAUCUCAGACCCAGACGUCGCCAAAGUUGUCACGGAGGGGGAUCCGCAGAAGAACAUUCCAGAAUCAGACAAAUUCCUUCCUGUCUACCAGAGCUUCUUUGAGUCGUUCCUUCCUACUCCCUCCAUGAUCAGCAAGGCAACAUACAGCGAAGGGCCUGUCAACGGCUGGUACUGGGCGAGAAAGGCUAUGGCUCCAGCGUUUGCUACCAACUACCUGUCGGAGAAGCUGGAGUGCCUUGAUAGAACGAUGAAGAAGGCAAAGCUUUGCCUGGACAAGUAUGAUGAGUUGGGGCAGGAUAUGGAUCUGAGCGAGUUUCUGGUGAUCAUGAAGAGAUUGUUGAGAUUGACGCUGGACUUUAUCUGCUCCAGUAUGUUUGAUUUUGAUCUCAAUAGUUUGGACGAGGUGUUCGGUGGAGAUAAAGCUGAUGGAACGAAGUUUCUUCGAGCCUUUCAGACAGUGAUACGCGAGAGAACGAGAAAUUACAUUGGGCCACAGAUUUCGUUUUUGUCAUAUUUCAGCAAAUCAAUGAGAGAAAGCCUGGAGGCGCGUAAACACAUCGCUGAUAUCGGGAUGAAAAUUUUGGACAAGUUCAGCAAAUCCGGGACCAAGAGAGACGAUCACUCUAUCAUAGGCCAUCUCGUGCGGGCCCCCUACUACUCGAGCAGGCAACGGCAGGAGCGAUGCACCGACGUCAUGAUCUUUCUCCUGGCCGGCCACGACACCACCGCAUUCAGCGUGAUCAUCCUUCCUGCAGUCCCCGAGCUCGUGGCUGAUCGCUACUUUGCGCUUCUCAGCUCAGCUGGAUUCUCGUCGAGGUGGCGAAAAACCCUCGAGUCGCCUCCUUGGUGGUGUCUCCUUCAGGAGGAGCUCAACAAAGCGAACCCCGAGAACGGUUUCAUGCACAAGGAGAAGCUGAGCUCGCUGCACUACCUUGACUGUGUAGUCAAGGAAGGGAUGCGGUUACAUCCGGUUGCUCCUACCUCGUCGAUCCGCGUCGCCAUCGCCGACUUGGAUUUUGGCAAAUGUCUUCAUGAGCAACCCCCUGAUAUCAAGCUUGACGUCGUGACAGUUGUCAUCCCUAAAGGCUCCGUCUGUGCAAUUUCGAACUACUCGCUCCACCGCCAUGGAAUCUCACGACCGGACGAGUUCAUCCCAGAGAGGUGCAUAGGGGAGAACCUGGCGAUGUUGGAGCUCAAGCUGGUGCUUGCCUACAUGCUCCAGAAAUACGAGUUCACCCUCGUCAAGGAGCCGACACAAAUUUUCGCCAUGACGCUGAAGCCGAGCGGGGCUCGAGUUACGGUCAGGGCUAGGAGGUAG